CCACCAGCCGAGAGUUCCCGAGACCCGCCGUGCCCCGCCGGGGACCGCAGCGGAUCUCCGUGCAAGGGCGAGGCGGGAUUUUCCAGCUGUGUGCAGUUGCCGCCGCGAUCAAGCAGCUCCCGGAACUCAGAGGCGGGGCGCCCAGGUGGAGGAGCCCAAACCCCAAGAACUCUGGGAGGGGCGCCCCAGUCAAGGAGCACUCCGGGGCCGGAACGCCUGCUCCAGGGCGUACCCCCCUCAGAGGAGCACCGCAGACUGGGAGGAUUCCCCUCAUCCCUUAGCCCCACCCCCCCCACCCCCACUGGGAGCAAACCUCGACCAGGAGCAUCUUCGAUCGAUCGGAGCAACCCAGACCUGGAACACUCUGCGGGACCCAGCAGCGCCCCACUUCCAGCACUGCAGACACUGGGCAGGGGCAGCGUCCCACCUACAGCCUUCGCGGCGGCUGCCGGACGCUUUUUCUUUCUUCUGCUUUUUUUUGUCCCCCCCCCCCUUUUUUUUCCUCCAACCUUCUCUAGUUGCCUUAUAUCUUUAAUCACACUUGCGGCUCCUCUUUCCUUUCGUGUUUCACAGCGCUGGGGAGGCGGCGAUUGCAGUUUCUCACCUGCUGUUUGAACUCCUGCCUCUGUCGCCGAGGCCACCAGGGUGGAGGAGGGACGGCCGCCCCCGCGCCAGCCUCGGGGACUCCCCUCUGAAGUAGACCUUGAAAAUUAACAAAAACCAAAACCAAGAAAAAAUAGCAGUGCCCUUUAUAAGGCUGUGUCAACCUUCACCAGAGGAAACAACACGUUUCAUUCUAUCCAAGAGAAACCACUGGAAGCAGAAUCCUAAAUAUGCGUCAUAUAGAACUGCUCUUAACACUUUUGGCACUUAUGUUUACAAGCACCUCAGAAACAUGUAUUUCACGUCAUAGCAUCACUGCAGUGGAAGGGGAAUUUUUCUAUCUGAGAUACUGCUCAUCAGCAUCUGAGCACGAUAGUGAAAAAAACACCAUAAAAUGGUACAAGAGCAGUGGAUCACAUGGACGCAUUGAGCUAAACUCGAGCAGUUCCCCCAGAAUUACUUUGCAUGAUUAUGUUUUGGAGUUUUGGCCAGUUGAGUUGGAGGACAGUGGAUCUUACUUUUUCCAAAUGGGAAAUGAUACUCGUAAAUGGAAAUUAAAUGUCAUUGGAAGAAGUAAAGGCAGCUGUUUUGUUGAAAAACUACUAACUAGUAAAACUGUAGAAGUUCAGAAAUCUUUGCACGUAGCCUGUAAACAUGACUACUUUCAACCAUUGGCCAAUAGAACUUCACUGUAUAAGAACUGUAAAAAGAUAAACAAUGGUACAAACCCAGUUUUACAGAAGAAUGCAGAGUUUAAAGAUCAGGGAUAUUACACCUGUGUGUUUUCCAUCCCUCAUAAUGGAAAACUAUUUAACGUCACCAAAACCAUCAACGUAACAAUCGUUGGAGAUCGCAGUAAAAUAAUUCCUGUUCUUCUUGGACCAAAGCUUAACCGUGUGAAGGUGGAAUUAGGAAAAGAUGUAAACCUCAAUUGCUCUGCUUUGGCGAAUGAAAAGGAUCAGAUUUAUUGGAACUUGUGGGAUGAAAAUGGAAAGGAGCCCAAUGUACAUGAAGAGAACGUAAAAAAAAAUAGGGCUCUGGACGGCAAAUUGUAUGUGUCAAGAAUGUUGAAAAUUGAGAAUAUUAAUGCAAAAAAUCUAAAAUUUUCAUAUAAUUGCACUGUGGCCAGCGAGGGAGGCACAGACACCAUAAACUUUGUCUUGUUGAAAAAAGAAGAUAUGGCUGAUAUCCCAGGCUACAUCUUCACCAGAGGAAUGAUUGUGGCUGUUUUGAUCUCAGUGGUAGUUGUGUGCCUAGUGAUAAUGGGUGUCAUUUAUAGAGUUGACUUGGCUCUAUUUUAUAGACAUUUCAUGAGAAAAGAUGAAACAUUAACAGAUGGGAAAACAUACGAUGCUUUUGUGUCUUACCUAAAAGAAUGUGGACCCGAAAAUGGAGAGGAGCACACCUUUGCUGUGGAGAUUUUGCCCAGGGUGUUGGAGAAACACUUUGGGUAUAAGUUAUGCAUAUAUGAAAGGGAUGUAGUGCCUGGAGGAGCUAUUGUUGAUGAAAUCCACUCAUUGAUAGAGAAAAGCCGAAGACUGAUCAUUGUCCUAAGUAAAAGCUACAUGUCUAAUGAAGUCAGGUAUGAACUUGAAAGUGGACUCCAUGAAGCUCUGGUAGAAAGGAAAAUUAAAAUCAUCUUAAUUGAAUUUACACCUGUCAGUGACUUCACAUUCUUCCCCCAAUCACUAAAGCUUUUGAAAUCUCACAGAGUUCUGAAGUGGAACGCUGAUAAACCUCUGUCGUAUAACUCAAGGUUCUGGAAGAAUCUUCUGUACCUGAUGCCUGCAAAAGUGGUCAAGUCUCGUGGAACUGAAUCUGAAGUCUUCCCUGUUCUUUCACAGUCCUGAUCUUUAGAAAAGCCAAAUGUAAGAAAGAGCUCUUGACUCUCUGGGCUCGGAGCGGAGGAGCCUAUUUUUAACAAAGGGCACUAUUAAAAAUAUUUGGCUCUCUGAAAAUCUUACUUACAGUCUGAAGAUGAAAGUCAUCACUAGGUUGCCAGAGAUAGGACUAAACAUUGAGCUGUGGUCAUGUGCUCCCAGUGGAACCCAGAAUUCAAAAGCAACAGACCUCUUCUGUUUCUUCCUCCUCCGUAACUGUCUAUAGGUGCUCAUUCUCAAUCCAUAUUCAGCAACGGUGAGGCUGGGCACAAAGCAAAGGAACUUACGCCCUACAAAAAGGGUACAUCCUCACGUUUUUAAUGCUCAUGAUUGAACUAAAGGAUUUUAAGUUCAUGAAGUGGCAUUUUCUUUUUUUUUUUUCAAUAUAUGAAGUUUAUUGUCAAAUUGGUUUCCAUACAACACCCAGUGCUCAUCCCAAAAGGUGCCCUCCUCAAUACCCAUCACCCACCCUCCCCGCCCUCCCACCCCCCCCCCAUCAACCCUCAGUUUGUUCUCAGUUUUUAAGAGUCUCUUAUGCUUUGGCUCUCUCCCACUCUAACCUCUUUUUUUUCCCCCUUCCCCUCCCCCAUGGGUUUCUGUUAAGUUUCUCAGGAUCCACAUAAGAGUGAACACAUAUGGUAUCUGUCUUUCCCUGUAUGGCUUAUUUCACUUAGCAUCACACUCUCCAGUUCCAUCCACGUUGCUACAGAGGGCCAUAUUUCAUUCUUUCUCAUUGAUGAAGUGGCAUUUUCUAUGAUCCUGUAGGUGACGUAGUAACUGCAACAGUGCCUUCACUUCCCCACAGUGCCUCCUACCUCUAAGCACUGUGGAGAGUGCCUGGGAUGGGGCAGAGAGCGGGUGGGGCUGUGUGCAGAGUAGGGGACCGAGGUGUGCCAAGUCCUUGGCCUCAGGACGUGUUCGGUGUGUGCUGACCACAGCUACAGACCCGCAGUUACUGGAACCCCCCUAAAGCACUGCACAGGGCUUGCUUAAUUGGGCCUGUUUGGAGGGAACUUCCCCAAAUGCUGAGACACACAUUUUCAUUGAAAUCAUUCUCAGGGUCUUUCAAAACUUGUCUAAAACAUUUGUUGAUUUAAUGAACAGGAAUGUUUAUAGACAGGAUGGUGCCAGACCAGAUUUUCCAUAUUCACUGUUAGCCACUGUUAUUCAUUAGCCACAGCAAAAAAAAAAAAAAAAAAAAAAAAGUUACUUGCUUGAUUUUUUUUUAAUUAUAUAUUUUAAAUGCCGUUAAUGUAGAGGCAGCAGGGCAUGGUUGUCGAGCAUGAGCCAUGCAGUCAAGAUGCUGGGGUUCGGAUCCUGUGCUAGCUACUUACUUCUGUGUGGCCCCUGGAAUCUUUUCUAACCGGUCUGUGCCUCAGUGUCCUUAUCUGUAAAACUGGAAUUUAGAGUAAUUGUACCUACUUCAUAGGGGAACCAAAUGAAUAAAGUACCUACCACAGUUCCUGGCCCAGACUUAAUAGUUCAUGUGUUGUUAUUACUAUUAUUAAUUGUCACUAUUGUCAUCAUUAAUUGUUAGCUCAUUUAUUUAGCAGUGAACUAAAAUACUAGCCAGAGAGCAGGAAAAGGAAAGAGAUCUGGAAGGAAGGCGGUUUUGACUUGAGGACAUUUAUUUGUACAUGGAGAGAAGCAUAUGGGAGAAGCACAUCAAUAGGGAAAAAGAGAUUUCUUCCUUGGAGGCAUGAAACUUGACAUUGGGAGACAUGUGUCUGUCUCCCUAAAGCAAGCACAGCCCUGUGGGCCUUCUUGGUGGCCUCAGCAAUAAUGGCUGUCCAUGGAAAUCACUGAGUGAGUGACAAAUAUCUGCCUUACACAGAAAGGAAAGAUUUGGGUAGAUCUGGAAGCCUGGUUAGGCUAUAUGGAUGCAGCCUGAAUGUUCCAGACAGAUUUAAACCAGAGACUGUUUAAAACGGCUGUGGUAGAUAUUGCUGAAAAUUAAAAAAAAAAAAAAAAGAUUUUAUUAGAUUUU